CGCGUCAUUUCCAAGUCUACAUUGAUUGGUCGUUUGGUAUUUCCUUCUCUCCAAUGCAGGAAGUGAGCUCAAAAAGUCAAGAUGGGGACACGUUUGGAGGUGCUACGUGUGUUUAAAACGCUGCACAGAACCAGGAUGGCUGUAUUCAAAGAUGAUAACAGAGCACUGACAGCUGCAAGGUUGAAGAUCAAUGAGGAGUUCCGGAAAAAUAAAAAUGAAGCAUCAGAAGAAAAUAUUAAGAAGAUGAUCCAAAUGGGCUCAAGUGUGGAAGCUGUCCUGCGAGAGACUGUGUUACAAAUGGAGCAUGUAGGCGAGAAAGAGCUAUUGCUUCGACCCAGAGAGAGCCUUCUACUAGAAAAUGUGCCCUAUUGUGACCAGCCCAGGAAAAAGUCAUGAUAGACCAUUUGAUUUCAUCAAAACAACAACAACAAAAAGACUAUCAUCCAUUUCCAUCCAUCUGCAAUUUAAUCUGUCCAAAACAACAUUUCAAGUUGAUCUCCUGAGCGAAGUUCAUGGCUACAAGGAGAAAUGCCUGUUUUUGAUUCACUGAAGAUCUCAGCUGUUCUGCUUUAUGAAAUCUGUGCUUUAAACCGAAUGUCAUAAUUUCAUGUACAGUGUUUUAUUAAAUGUAAUUUAAUGUGUUUCCUUUAAUUUUGUUUUGUUUUGUUUUUCUGCCAACUUUUUCUUUUUCUGCAAACUUUUUCUGAACCAGGGGGAAAAUGUUACAUUGCUGCAACUGAAAAAAAAGUGUCAUUGUGUUCCAAUUAAUGAGUAACAUUCCCAUAGUGGCCCGAGGGUUAAUGUCUUGUUCAAACCAAUGAAGAUAAUAAAUUGAUCUGACAUGA